AACAACGACAGUAACAAUGGACGAAAUCUUAUCAAACUUUAUAAAAGUCAAUGAUCAACUUCAAUGUAAACAUUGUACAGAACCAAAGGUAAGAGUAACCGAUUUAUAAUCAGACUGAGAAAGAGACUCGUAGAAGAAGGACGUGCGUCUCUUUUUUCCUCUGCAUUUAUCUUAGCAAGAGUUUUUGAGAAAGUUGGAGCUCUCUGGUGCAGAAUUCUUUAGAAUUUUCUGCUUAACAGAUAAGAAAAAUGCGAAACGUAACCCCUAUUUUACUCUGAGAAGUUUAAGGUGAAAAAAACGAACCGGUUCUAAAUCGGACUUUUUUAAGUCUUCUCUCUAUCCUGAAUUUGAUGCGGCCUUGAGGCAAGCUAAAUCUUCUGACCUUACUGUGACAAUCUAGGAGAACUUCGGCACUGCUACUUGCCAUAAAUUUCUGGUCUUGCAUGACCUUUCCUUUUCAGGAUAGCAGUAGUUUUCUUUUCACCAGAAAAUUUACGUUUAGAAAGGUUUCUCAAACUAACUUAAUUUUGUUCUGUUUUCUUUAAUUGCAGUUUUUUCCAGUAAGUAGAACAGAUGGAAAUCUUAGAAGUCAUCUAGGACGUACACACAAGGGAACGCAUGGACAUGUGCUAUAUCCGUCUCAACGACGUCAAAGUCAGAAACCAGCAAGGCAAAUAACGGCUGAAUUAAAAAGAAAGUUAGAUGAUUCAUUAAUUAAAGCUAUUAUUGUUGAUGGACGAUCUUUUAACGAUUUCUCAAAGCCCGGAAUUAUUGAUUUCCUCGAUUUAGCAAUUCCCGAUUAUCGUCCUCCUCAUCGCACAACUAUAAGAUGUCGUAUUCAGAAAUUAUAUGCGGAAGAACGAGAAAAUCUUCGUCAACAAUUAUCAACAGUACAAAAUAUUGCUUUAACAAUAGACGUUUGGAAAUCUUCAUCACAUAUUUAUUAUUUAUGUUUAAGUGGACAUUAUUUCGACAAUAAUUACGAAUUAAAACAUAAUGUAUUAGCAUUUCGUCGAUUUAUUGGAUCUCAUACAGGACAACGUCUUCAACGAUUUCUAGAAAAUGAAGUAGAAAAAAUAAAUAUUCAACAUAAAAUUAGUGCAACCACGUGUGAUAAUGGUGCGGAUAUUCGAUGUGCCAUUACAGCAUCAAAUGUAUUAGGACCACGAUUCUCCUGUUUGGCACAUGAUCUGAACCUUACUGUUAAAAAUGGUCUUUGGCUAUACAAACAACCAAAAGGUUCAGAAAAAUCAUCAACAACAGCUGCAGCCACAACAAUGUUAAAAGAAAAUGAACUAGUUGAAGAUGAUGAUGACAAUAUUUCAAUUGCAGAUGGUGAAGACGUUCCUGAUGAAAUAAUUGAGACAUAUCUACCUCAAAGUGAAGAAGAUGAAAAAUAUGAAGCAUUUGAUCUUCAAGUACAGCAACAGGAAGAAGAAAUAGCUGAUGAUAUGGGGGAAGAGGAAGAAGAUUUAGCAAAAGCUGUAUCAGAAUUAGAUCAGGAAAUUUUAAUUGAAAAUUGUCGAGCAAAUCCUAAUCAUUUACUCAGAACAAUACAUGUGUUAUUUAAGCGUAUUAGAAAAAUUGUUAGUAUUAUGAAUAACUCAAGUGUUCUUCUUAGAUUUGUUAGAAAACAGAUUGAAGUUAAAAUUGAACAUGAAAAUAGUAGACUUCCAUUUAGUGAAUCACGUCUACGAGCAAAGGAUUUCGUAAUUGAUUUAGAAGUUAGAUGGAAUACUACAUACGAAAUGUUGAAACGUUUUUUAUUUUAUCGUUCUAUCAUCACAAAUAUCACUGAAAAUCCGUCAGAUGAAAUUGGAAUUCAACAGAAACAAUGUAAACAAUUGGAAGCAUUAGCAUUUUCAAGAACUGAUUGGAGUUUGAUGAAAUCAGUAAAAACGGUAUUGCAAGAUUUUUAUGAAGCAACAUCACUUCUCUCUGGUCAAUUGUAUCCUUCGAAUGGAUUUGGUUAUUUUGUCGUGAUGGCAUUGAAAAAAUACUUAUCACAAUCAGCAGAUGAUACAGUUGAAGAAUUACUGAAAGCUGAAAUAAUUAAAAAAUUUAGUCGUUAUUUCGGUCGUGCAUUUAUUUCUGAUGAACAGCAAAAAUCAUUUCUCGUAAGUUAA